GGCUUGAGCGGGGUCUGACCUGGAGUCUGAUCCAGUCUCGUUUUACGCACAGACCGGACAGUCCGCGCGCGGAUCUGCAGCGCGGGGCCCGAUUCUGCGCGGAAAGCGGGACGAGUGGAAGACGGGCGGAAACCCAGCCGGAAGGAAGGAAGGAAAGAGAGGAGGAAGCGGAAAAGUCACAGUAAAGAGAGUUCUGCGGGAAAAGUGCGCGCGCGCUCUCUCUCCAUCCCACAUGUCGCUCCCCGGAUCCCCGCCGCUCCUGUCGCCGGGCUCGGGCGCCCCGACCCCGGUGGGGCUUUACCGCUCCGCCCCGGAGGGGCUCCACACCUCCGCCGCCUCCACCGGCACCUCCAGCCCGGCGCACGGAAACUCCCACGCGCUCUCUCCGUCCCCGCGGCUCUCCGGCGGCAUGCUCAGCGCCUUCCUGCCGUCGCUGGGGAACGGCGGCGGCGGGGCCGCGCUGGGACCCCUCGGCGGGCUGGGCUCCCUGACCCCCGGCCCCCCCAGCCUGGUGCACGCGCCGUCCGGCGCGGGGCUGGGCAGCGAGUGCAAGCUGGUGGAGGUGCACGGCGUGAAGGUGGCCAGCUUCAGCGUGGACGGCCAGGAGCUGAUCUGCCUGCCGCAGGUGUUCGACCUCUUCCUGAAGCACCUGGUGGGGGGGCUGCACACCGUCUACACCAAGCUGAAGCGGCUGGACAUCACGCCGGUGGUGUGCACCGUGGAGCAGGUGCGCGUGCUGCGCGGGCUCGGCGCCAUCCAGCCAGGCGUCAACCGCUGCAAGCUGAUCUCCAGGAAGGACUUCGAGACGCUGUACCAGGACUGCACGAGCGCCAGCUCUCGUCCGGGCCGUCCUCCCAAGCGCUGCUCUGGUGCAGGGAUCCAGGAAAGCCCCAGGCUGCUGCACCCGGGACUGCCAGGCCUGCUGUCUCCCAACCUGCUCUCCCACACCGGCCUAACAGCAGCCGCCAUGGCCGAGCUCCAGAAGCUACAAAAGAUGAAGAUGAUGAUGAGUUUGCAGAACGGCAACGAGUCCGACAACGACGACCUGCACUCCAACACAGGAGGGAGCGAGUGCUCCUGGGAUAAGGAGCGUCUGACCAGCCCCCCUGCUGGAGCCCACGGCGGAGGCCCCGGAGGAGGAGGCGGAGCCGCACCGGCGGCGGGAGGAGGAGGGGGCGGAAGUGUGGCAGGGAGGGGCCCUGCCCUCGGAGCUGUCAAUCAGCAACAACUGCAGCAGCAGCAGCAGCAGCUACUGGCCAACAGACUGGACCUGCCGUUCAUGAUGAUGCCCCACCCGCUCCUGCCCAUGGGGCUGCCGCCUGCCUCCGUUGCCAUGGCGAUGUCCCAGAUGAACCACCUCAGCACCAUCGCCAACAUGGCCGCCGCCGCCCAACAGAUACACAGCCACGCGCACCGCGCCCCGGUCAUCAAGGAACGAGUGUGCGACAGUCCCUCUCUUUCUCCGUCUGUUGAUGACACCAACACUCCUCUGCAGUCGCAGCCCAGCAGCUCCGCCUCCAGCUCGCCUGAACGACUGGGAUUGGUGUCGGCUGAUGCUGAGGCCGCGCUGACCAACUCCGCUGCCCCCAUCAAGAAAAUCACAAAGGACAAAGAAGAGUCUCCGCUGACUCAGACUCUCCCUCCCGGCUUUCCCGCCCCGUUCCUGUUCGCGGACGGUUUGUCGUCGGUGGAGACUCUGCUCACCAACAUUCAGGGCCUGCUGAAGGUGGCCGUGGAGAACGCCCGGGUGCAGGACAAACAGAUCCAGGCGGAGAAGAGGGAGCUGAAGAUGGAGCUGUACAGGGAACGGGAGAUGAGGGAGAGUCUGGAACGACAGCUCAACUCCGAGCUGCAGAGCAGAGCCUCCAUCCAGAAGCGGCUGAAGAAGGAGAAGAAGGCCAAGAGGAAGCUGCAGGAGGCGCUGGAGUUCGAGUCCAAGAGGAGGGAGCGCGUGGAGGACGCUCUGAAGCACUCGUCCUCAUCCUCCCCUUCUCCUGAGCCGACGCACGCCGCCAACAACACCGCCAAGAACGACGCUCCUGUAGCCGCGGAUAAACCUGAAAUUAAUGGGAACCAGCAAGACAACGGCGCUCUGCAAGAGUCCCGGCCGUUCCUGAAGACCCCGAUGAUGUUUUAGAGACCGACCCCCCCCUGUCCUUCAGAAACGACACACCCCUGCACAGAAUAAACUCUACCAGCCCGGUUCAGCUGUCACUUUAGCUUUCAUGUGAGCCUGGAUCGGCACGGCAACAACUUCCCCACCUUUUGACACAAAGCGACCUUUUGGACGUCGCUUUGUCGAGACUACUGAGAGCAGAACUCCCUCCUUUUUGACUAGUUUUUUUGGGGGGGGGUUUCCUGUACUUUGUUGUUCUUGCUCUUUUUAGACGGACUUCAUCCAGUUCAUGUAACUUUUUUCUGUCCCCGAUCUCACUUCGUUUCUUAAGAUGAACAAUAAAUAAGCAUUCCCGAUUAAAAACAUAAGGAAGGCGCUACGAUAAAAGGAGAACUGCUUGCAUUGAAGGACCCUCUGGAGGAAACGUCUACUCCCUGGAUGUGCUGUUGUCUGCUCUAGGCUGGACGUAAUCAGCCGGUGGGAGGAGCCGAAGAGGAACGUUUAAAAAAAACAGAAAUCUGAAAGACAAACUGAAGAAAAAAAGAGAAACUGUGGAGGCUAUUUCAGUCUCACGUUUGAUUCAUUUUUGUUUUCCAUACAGGGACGGUACAGAACGCAUGGGAAAACUUUUGUUGUCAUUGGGCUUAUUUUAACCUUUGGACUCUCCUUGCCUCCAUCUUCCCUCCUCCGAUGAACUCAGCUCUACUGCUUCAGUUUUCCUUCCAUCUAUCUCCUCUCCCUCUUUUCCAAACCCCCUUUUUUUUUUUGCAUGAUUCUACUCUUAUUCAUGGAUUCUCCAUCCUUCUAUGUUUUCCGUUUCUGUAUGUAAAGGACUAAAAAUGUUGGACAAAAGUGUAAGAAAUAUUUUCUAAAUCCCUUAAAAAAACCAGAAAGGAAUCUGUUUCUGGAAUGACUUUUAAAGAACACAAACCAUUUUUUAAAUAUAAAGAAGUACUUUUUUUUGACACAACAAUCUUACAUGUAAAGUUGAAUUUUGUUGCUGAAUUUUUCACUUUUUGACCUCCCUGCUCCAAACGUCAGGACAAAUUUUGGCGUUUGCCUAAAAGACAGAAACAUGUAUUUCUAUGUUUGUUUGAUCUGCAAUUUCAGGUAAUUAAACGGAUUUCUUAGAGCGAUAAUGUCAGCCACAAAAAAACCUCUUUACUUCCUUCACUUUCUAAAGUACUAAAAGUGCAGGUGUUGUGUUUAAGUUGUUUUUUUUUCACUGCGUGUUCUGUUUCUUUGUUGAUGACUCUGAAAUGUGUGUGACAGGAAUGGGGGAGGGCGGGGCUGAUGGGUGGGAUUCGGGGUCAACGGAUAUUCUGUGUAGAUAGGGACUACAUUCAGCGUUUUCUUGAGUUUUUGAGUUUUCCUCCUGAUGUUCUCUCAGUCUGUCACUGUUCUGAGUUUGAACUGAUUGAAAAUAUACAGUAUUACAAUGA